AUGUUCACCAAAUUCGCUGUUCUUUUCCUUUACGUAUCAACAGUUCAUGGGAUUCCAAUUUCCUAUAUCUCCAACGGUCUUCAUCUAGACGAUGAUUAUGGACACUUUCCCGUAGCAACUCACGCUGUGGCUGCUCCAGUUGCAAUCGCCAAGCCAGUUUUAACUUACGCCAAACCAGUUGUAACUUACGCCAAGCCAAUCGCUAUAGCUAAACAAGAAGUUGUAGAUUACAGCGCUCCUGCUCAUUAUGAAUUUAAAUACGGUGUCGACGAUCCGCACACUGGCGACAAGAAACAACAAUCUGAAUCUAGGGUUGGAGAUACUGUUAAAGGAGAAUAUUCACUCGCCGAAUCAGACGGUACUGUUCGAGUUGUGAAAUACACCGCCGAUCCCCACAACGGUUUCAACGCCGUCGUUAGCAGAAUAGGUAAAGCUGCUCAUCCACAAGUUGUUCACAAAAUCGUACAGCCUGUUGUAGCUAAAACCCUUAUCAGUCCUGUAGUCGAUCACGGAUAUGGACUUGAUUUGUACGGCCAUUAA